AUGGGGGCUCAUCCGGGCGGAUUGACGGAUUUUGGCCCUCCAUCUCCACGCACACACUCGAAUUGCUUCUUUAUCGUCGGCUUCGAGGACCCGUGCGUGGCGAGAUGCUACCGGCUCCACGACCGGUCGCUGGGCCGGGCCGAUAUGGCUCGCGUCGGGCUGACGACGCUUCUGGAUCGGCAGAAGCCGGCUGGGCGGUUGCGGGACGCUUGCUGGCGCCUCUACGAUCUCUUCGACUGUAUGAAGCACUGUGACGAGGAGCCGAAGGGUUUCGAGAAAUUUAUCAAAUACUCCGAGCGUCAAUGUCUUGAGGCGAUGCAUGACAUGGACGCCGAGCUACACUGUAUCUCGAAGUAUCACACAUUUAUGGAAGUUCGAUGCUCUUCGUUUAUGAAAGAAGCUGUAAAGUUACGAAGGCGGAUUGGGAUCAAAUUUACGCCAGAUCAGGAUACUUGUCGCUACGUCCACCUCAACGCCCUGUGCCUUGAAAACGCCGUCCUUUCACACUGCCCAAACGCUGAACAUAUCUUCACAAGGCUCAACUUCCGCGACUACUUCUUGAAUUUCAUCGUCCCGGACGAUGAUACGCUGUUCGACGAUGAGGAUUUGGACGCUUGUCAAGUGUACGACUUCGUGCAGCCGGUCUUCCCGAAGAACACCAAGCAGCCGAAGGAUCGAUCUUUGUCAAACCUCUACUCACCGACCCCAUCCACUUCCACCGUAGCCGCCCGAUUUUUGGAGAGCUCGACUUUUAUUGAGGAGGAGCUCGAGCGGUUGGAGCAACACGAAAGGUCGGAGUUUGUGACCGAACAAGAGCUGGAAACGAGCACAAAAGCGUCUUCGAGCAGUCCAGAUCAUCCGGCCAAAAACCAAGACGAUCUGACGGACCUCAAGGGAGAGCUGGAGAAACUUGACAAACUGGAAGAAGCCGACGCCACCACAAAGAGUUCAAAACGGCCAAGGAGCACGACCCUGUUCCCGACGUUGACCCCGAGGAUACAUUACACGGCUAAAGAUUUGAAGGCACGUCAAAAGAACCGGAAUCGGAAUCGUGGAAAAGCAAGGGAUGAUGAUGGAGGGCGAGGAGAUGAUCAUGGGAAAGCGAUCGAAGGCGUCUCUGAUGUAAUGAAGGACCAAAAGGAGCGGCAAGAGGAGAAAGAGAAAGAAAAGGAGAGCAAGGAAAAAGACGAGGAGGACGACAAGAAAAAGAAGAAAAAGAAGGAGGACGAGAAGCCGUCGAACGAAACGAUGCUGGCCGACAAUUCGACCCUACCUUUGAAGCCCGUUUACGGGAAGGAGGUGGAAAUUACAGAGAUCUACACGGAAGCGACGACCACGAAAACGACUACGGUGCUGGUCCCGAAAAAUGAGCCCCAAGCCACCCCAUCACCAAGAAGUACAGUGGUAACAAGUUUAUCUACAGCCCAAUCAGCUCCAAAAUACGGCUCCGAGGUGGUGAUCCCAUCGUCGACAGGAGCCGACCGGACAUCGACGGUCACCCCGAAGCCGACCCCGGUUCGCCCCUAUCUCUUGCCGACCGAUGCAGCAGAGACGGUGAUGAUUGGAAGAGACUCUGAACUUCCUGAAGUCGCUCCAGCUGACGUGUCCGCCGUUGAACUGCUACCGACGGCGAAAGACGGCGAGAACGGCGCUUUCCAUACAGAGACGUCCACGAAUCGACAAGAGUUUGGAGAUGAUCAACGGGUUGAAGAUUUCACCGAAAUUCCGAUUGCGAAGACGACGCGGAAGAAGCUGUUCUCGUCGGAUGAGGAUUUUGAGAUUACGCCUCCAAAUUUUCACUAUUCUACCUACCGAAUUGGGCUAAUCCCGAAGGAGCAUCAGUGGUGGUACUACACGACAAACUGGGCGAAUUCGGGCCCGACACCGUAUCCGAUGACGACACAAAAACCCGUCACAAGGCUAUAUACAACAAUUGAGACCUAUCUGAAAAAUGGAGUCACAACUCGGCGAAUCGUCGUCAAGAAAGGCCCUCGAAAAUUCAAGGACCCGAUGGAGGUGGAAAUUGCUGGGAAAAGCGACGAGAAGCUGGAAGCUGUGGAAGCGACGACGGUGAAGCAUCAGCCGAUUUUGGAUAGGAAGAGCAGUGAAAGCCCCUCCGCCGCCACGCCUCUAUUCCAGAACCGAAAAAUACACAUCAAGCAGAUCCGGCCGAUGAAUGAGAGAAGCUCCGAGACGAGGGCCGAGGAAGGAGGCCGGAGCCAAGCCUCGAUAAUCUACGACCAAAACCGGCAGCAGGAAAUCGAUGGGCUACUCGACGCGCCGGAUUACGAAUAUUUGCCGGAGGACGGAAAGAGCCUCGAUCAUUACCCCGAACACCCUGCGAUAAUCCCUACCGUAAUCAUCGCAAAAUCCAGGGAAUUGCAUGAAGAGCUACAAGCCCAUCCUAAAGACGCUGGAAUUGGGCGAAGCAUCGAUCCGCAUAAACUUUUCAAGAAUCCACCGGGUAACUCGAAUUCUGGAGAGAAGGAGGGGGACAGUACCCCAACAAUCACCGGAAACGGCGGCGACCUUAUCCGGCAGCCAAUCGACACAGGAGCCACGCGUACACUGAUCCUGGUGUACGGUAUCCUGAUCGUCUGCACCCUCCUCGUCGUGCUGCUCCUGCUCGUGUGCUGCCUCGUCAGAAAGGUGCGACAGAGCAGCAGAAGCUCCGGCAAGGGCACCCCACCGGCGGCUCCACGC